AUGCGUUAUAUAGUUAACAAUGCUAUUCAAACAGCUUCUUCAAUUGGUAAUAUUGGUAUAAUACAUGCGUCGUUUGGAACACUAUUUUUCCGAACUAUAUGGAGCGAGAGUCCGCCCAAAGGAAUGGAGUACCCUGAUAUUUUUAACUAUUUGCAGUACUCCAGUUUUGCUAUACCUACGGCGCUAGUCAUGUUUAUCGUUAAUGUCCUUUAUCAUAUGAUCCUACUUGACAGGUAUGUUGCUAAACCUAUGAGUGCUUAUGCGAUGGGAGAAGCUAAGAAAUCCUUGCAAAAGCACAAAGAUACUUUGCCAAAGAAAAUCGGCAAUCACGAAAAGAUGGCCAUUUUCUUUACAACUGCAGCGUUACUUCUUUUUCUGUUUCGAUGGUGCAAGUGGUUAAACAUGGGAUGGGCAACAUUUCGUAGGGAAACAUCCUCACCAGAUAUACCUGGUAUUAAAGAUGCUACUGUAGCUGCAAUUUUCGUAAUUGCAUUGCAUGUUUUACCGAGAACUUUUGGUUUUCUAAAAUACUUAACUGCUAAAAGAAAAAGUGAUUUACCGCCGCUUAAACCCGAGUCUGCAAUUUUGUGGUGGAAUUUUGUUAAUAAAAAUACAGUCUAUGCAUAUUUCCUUGUCCUUGGUUCAGGAGUUGCCUUGAAUGUUGCUACACGAGAAACUAAACUAGCUCAAGUUAUUGCGGCAGGCAUCGGAAAAUACUUUACGAAGUACGAUUGGAACCUUUCCAUAUUUCUUGUUGUACUUGUUGCAAUUAUUCUCGCCAAUAUAAUGCCCGGAGUAGCUGCCUGCUGCAUAUUUUUACCUUUUGUGAUCAACAUGGCUGCAGAACCUGACGCUCCAGUACCCUGGCCAAAAAAUGUUUAUCUUGGUGCUCUUGCAGUGGGCAUUUCAAGCUCUAUGACGUUCUUGUUUCCGUUCCUCUAUACACCUGCAUACUAUUGUCACUUUACUGGAAAAGUUCCGAAGAAAAAAAUGGUAAAAUAUUCAAUUCUUAGUUCCAUUAUUUGUAUGGUUAUUAUAUGGCUAGCCGUGUGCUUUUGGGCUCCCGUUGUUUGGGAUCCCUCUGGUGAAGGGUUUUCACCCUUGGCUGGACCUGAAGGAGCACCUGAAGGAGGCGGUGGGGCAGGAGGAGAUGGAGGUGGCGGAGGAGGUGGUGGUGGCGGAGAGGGUGGUGGUGGAGGAGGUGGUGAACCACCUGCACCUCCACCUCCACCUCCACCAGGAGCAUAA